AUGUGGGCACAUUUUCUGGUUGUUUUACUGUUGACCCGAUGUUUGUUUGGUUUCAGUCUCAAUCCAUCAGAUCCAAGGUCAGUUACCGCUCGUGUUUUUGACUCUCAACUAUCAGAUUUAUAUGAAUUCAUAGGUGAUGAUGAAGGUUUUGAUUUUUUAAAAGAAGACACAAAGAUAUUAGAUCCUGGUGCUAAUGAAUAUCAAGAAUCUGAAUUGAAGUUGUUGUUACAGAAAUAUGAUGAUCCAGUAGUAAGACAAGAACUUAAUGAGCUGUCAUUUGAAUCUCUAGAACAACAGCUUGAAGACUUGAAUGAUAAACUUGAAGCGCUAUAUCAAAAACUUUACAAUUUUGCAACUAUAUUGGUUACUUUGAGUGAUGAAGACAUACUUGAUAUGGCUGAUAAAUUAGAUCAAAAUCCAGAUUAUUAUGAGAAAGUUAUGAGUAAUGAUAUUGAUGCUCUAUCUCUUUUCGAAAAUUGGGAACCAAGAAAAUCAUAUGAAGAUGAUUACCAGGUCACUAUCUCGUCAUUAGACUCUAACUAUAAAGAAGUUUCUGGUGUAUUCAUAGAUGAGAAUGGUAAGAAGUAUUGGGAUCCAGAUGCUGAUUAUGAAUUAUUUUGA